AUGGUCAGGAAAGUCAUCGAGUGGCUUUUUGAGAACGAGAGCAAACCACAUGCAACGCAAGAAUGGUACCGAAAGAUCAGAGAUAAUCCCAAGACCUAUGAAAACUGUUUUGUCAUCAGCUUCACCCGUGUGAAAGAUCUUGACUCGAAGUGGAAGCAUGAAUAUGUGCAGUUCGUCGUUGAGGAUGAGAGCCAGGAGGAGGACAAGGAUGACAGCAAUCGCACUCGGGUUUACGCUGAGCGAGGAAACGCAAAGGACCUGGACUGGGUGACUGUGGGCGUGAAUGACAAGGACACGAAUAAGCGCCGGAAGGACCUUCCUCUCCCCCUCACCACACUUCUUUGCGAAAGACCACAGGCCCAAAUUGGUAGACAUUGCCUCGCUCCUUGA